GGUGCACUGGCCAAAAGAUGAACGUGGAGGAAGAGGUGUUCCGUAUUCAGAAAAAGCUGGGCAAAAUGACCUCCCAGUCCGACGGAUCGGGUCAAGAGCAGGCGCUUGAUCUGUUGCGCGAGUUGCAACGUUUGAACAUCGAUCUGGACAUACUGACAAAAACGCGUAUCGGCAUGACGGUGAACGAGUUGCGCAAGUGUAGCAAGGACGAUGAGGUGAUAAGUUUGGCCAAAUCGCUCAUCAAAAGCUGGAAGCGUUUUCUUGCCGGUACGCCACCCUCAAAGGAUGGUUCGAAGGAUUCGUCCAAAUCGUCCAGUAAAUCGUCUAGCAAAUCGAGCAGCAAAUCUUCGGACGGUUCUAACACGGGAUCCGGUGGUGGCGGUGGUGGAGCUAACGGUGAGAAAGCGAACAGUGGAAGCGGUGGAGCGGGUGGCGUCGGUAACAACAAAAAGGAUUACGAGCGCGAGAAGGAAAGCAAAUCGAAAGCUCCACCUUCCAGUGGUGCGUCGUCACAGUCGAGCAGCAAUACGACCGACGCCGUACGGCUAAAAUGUAGAGAAAUGUUGGCCAACGCGCUGCGCGUUGAUGGUGAACCGCCGGAGGGUUGCCAGUCCCCGGAAGAGCUGGGUGAAGAGUUGGAGGAGGCGAUCUUUGUCGAGUUCAAAAAUACGGACAUGCGGUACAAGAACCGGGUACGAUCGCGUGUCGCAAACCUGAAGGAUCCGAAGAAUCCGAGUCUGCGGGCCAACUUCGUUAGUGGUGCUAUCACUGCCCAGCGGCUCGCCAAAAUGACCUCGGAGGAAAUGGCGAGCGAUGAGAUGAAGCAUUUGCGCGAUCGGUUCGUCAAGGAGGCGAUCAACGAUGCGCAGCUGGCGACGGUGCAGGGCACCAAGACCGAUCUGCUCAAGUGUGGCAAGUGCAAGAAGCGCAACUGUACGUACAACCAGCUGCAGACGCGAAGCGCUGACGAACCGAUGACCACGUUUGUCAUGUGCAACGAGUGUGGCCACCGUUGGAAGUUUUGCUAGAGUGGGCGCGCGUC